UCGUUCUCUCGCCGAGGAGCUGCUGUGAUCGGCCAUAUUGUUUGACUGCGGUGUUUGUUUUGGUGUGCAAAAAAGUGAGAUAGAAGCUCGAAGGACUUGGGAAGUAAUCCGCAGUAACGGAACUGUUGGUGGUAGAGAAAAAAAUAAAUAAACAUCAUCAAAAAAACGUGUAAAAGACAACAAUUUUUUUCGUGCCCAAUUCUGGGUAAAACGUAACGUGGGAAAGAAAACGAGAGAGAGAGGGGAAGUGAGAAAGGAAAGAAUAAUUCUCAAUUGAGAGGGAGAGUGAGAGAACAAAUUGCGAAACGGGGAAAGGGAAGGAAGGAAGGAAGAGAGAAAAAGAAAACGCGUGAGCUCAAAAGUUGUAAUCGCUCGUGCGUGCGUGCUCUGCGUGCGUGCGCCCUCCGUCCUUCUUGAUUGCGCUGCGCGAUCUCGAGCGCCCGAUCUCUCACUCUCUCUCGCUUCCUCGCGCCCAACAGCCCCCUCACUCUCGAAAGCGAGUGACGGUGAGAAAUGGCCUGUGCCACCCUAAAACGAUCUCUGGAGUUCGAUCCGGUUCACAGCCAUGGGCGUCCCAGCAAAAGACGAAGAUGCGUGCCCAUGUGCGUAUCUCCGGGUGCAUCAGCACAAAACACCACUCCCAGACAACAAAAUCCUUCGUCUUUCGGCGAGGUCGCUCACAAAUUGACGCCUGAAAAAAUGGCGGCGAACAUCAGGGAAGAAAUUCGCAGAUUACACAGGCGCAAGCAGUUGCAUUUUAAUCCUCAAGCGAGUAGCGGCGACUCUUCAGAUCCGGAAGGUAGCCCGUCGAGCUCUGCGGCGGCGAGCGCACCAAAUUCUUAUGCCUACAAUCCCACCGCUAAGGAAAAUCCUUUAUUUACAUUCAGACAGGUGGGCUUGAUCUGCGAGCGAAUGCUCAAGGAACAAGAGACACAGAUACGAGAGGAAUAUGAUCAGAUACUCCAUACCAAAUUGUCGGAGCAGUACGACACUUUUGUCAAGUUCACCUAUGAUCAAAUUCAGAAGAGAUUCGAGUCUGCCGCUGCCCCAAGCUAUCUAUCCUAAGCCAGGAUGACAUAACCUCGAUGGAAAGAGAUGUCUUGGACAAAUGUUGGGUAGGUUUUUUCGUCAUUAAUUGUUCGUUUUUCCUGCUUACUUUGCCAUCGAUGGAUAUGCAAAUCGUUAGGGACGAAAGAACGGGGAAGGCAAAAGCAAAUUGUAACGUCGUUUUUUACGAGAUCAACGAAAUCUCUGGAAUAUAUAUUUAUUUGCGAACAUCUACUUUGUAAGUGAGAAAGAAACGGAGAGAAAGAUGAAAAGAAAUUGUGCUUUUUUAAUGUUCGAAGCCGAGGCCAUUGUUUUUUUUUUUUUCUAAGCGCAAAAAUUGGUUGAGCCGAUUAAAUAUUUGCUAUUAACAUUGAAACUAAAGAAAUAACGGGAAAACGAGUAGCUCGGCAACGAAACACGAUUUCAUGUAUUAAAACCGAUGAAAUAAUUAUAAAAACGCGCAAAAAAGCCAGCAAAAUAUUGAAAAUCUCGACGGUUUGCAAAAGAAAAUUGAAAAAAUGAAAAUAAAAAAAAAUUGAUAAACCGAAAAAGAAAGAAAAAUCAACUAACACUAUUUGUACUUUCCGAUGUUUGGAAAAUGUGCUGCUGUUGGAAAAUUAAAAAAAAAAAGUUAAAAAACUUUUUUUCUCGUUGAAUAUUUUCAUAAAUUAAAAUAAAAUAAAAUUCCGGUAGGUCACCCAAUAUUAUGACUUCGUUCUAUCGAACAAGUGUUGAGAAAUUUUCGGGCGCUGAGAUUUCAUACGAGUUCCGUUUGUUUUCAGUCAUAACCAUAUUGAUUGUGCUCUGCUGAGUAAUUCGUAAACCAGUUAUUCUCGAACAUCCUGAACAGGAAGUGACGGACAAUGUUGAACAAUUGCUUCGUGCGAUCAAACGACAAUUAUCGAAUGUCGGUCGAACGUGCGGAAGUUUUAUUGCAAUUUCGACCCUUCCAAAGUUACCUUUGACUCAUUAAUAGAAAAAAUAAAAUAAAACGAGAAAUCUUGAAAAAUAUUUUUGGAGAGAUGAUUUUUUCUGUUUUCCGAUGGCGGCCCGACUUGUCACGGUCCAACCAACUGCUGAGUAACGAGUGUGUGUACAUACGCAUGCACACACACGCACACACUCGACGAGCUCCGACAUUGAGUAGGCGUGCGUGAGUGCGUGUGUGUGCCUGUGUGCCUGUGUGCGUGUGUAUAUAUAUAUAUGUUUCUAUAUAUCCAAAAUAAUACAUUUACCGUGCCUAUUCUUAGCGUAUGUUUAUAUCUUUUAAGUAAAUCGGUACCAUUGUACUAUCCAAUUAUACAUAAGGCGUAAACGUUUAUUUUUAUUUCGUUUUUUUCUCUCCCUCUUCAUUCGUUCGUUUUUCUUUAUUAUCGUUUCCUUUUUUGCAAUCGAUCCUGCCAAUAAUUAUUUUUGCUUCGAACCCGUUUUUUCGUAUGUACAAUUUAUUAAUAUACACUCUAUUCGUGUAUUUGGAAUUAUUUGACGACAUUAAACACGCGCCUGUUUCUCUUUCCAUAAAAAAGUUCUGGACGAAGGACGGAGGGAUGAAAAAACACCAUCACGAGGGUUGCGCGAAAGAAAAAGAGCGAGAGAGAGAGAGACAGACGAACAGACAGAAAGAUCAGUCAAGAUGAAUCUAAUUUUCCGAUCCCCUUAAGCUCAUUUACGCAUCGGAUUCUAGUUUAUAAUUCUUUUUUUAUUAACUUUGUAGUAGUGAAGAAUGUGAGAGAGAGAGAAAGAGAGCGUGAGAAAAAUAUGAGUGAUAAAAAAAAAAAAACACUUUCGUCGAGUUUACGUUCAUAGAGCAACGAUACGUUCUGCUGCCAGAAGAAGAAAGUCAAAAUAAUUCCAUAGUCUUUCUCGAAUUAGUUGGAAUUCUUGUGUUUUUUUUCGCUCAUUGAAAUCUUCGAGUCUCAAUUCGCGAAAGGGGAAAGAGAAAGAAAUGGAAUUAGAAAAGACCGCAAUUGUUUUUCUAGGGAUAUAUAUUUAAGAGGAAUGUACUCUCGACGAAAGGAUUAAUGAGUUAGAGUUGUUAAGGGGCAAAGAGGAGAUGAUUAAUACACGAAGAAACGAAAAAGCUGAAUUGAAAUUCCUUGGAAUGCAGCAGGGGGAUCCGAUUAAAAGGAUCAAAAAUACCUCCAUAUUAUGUAAACACUUAUUAAUGAAAUAAAUAUAAACCUUAAGACUGAAAA